AGGCAGAAUGUAGACUGAGUGCUCAUGCUACUGCUGCCUGGUGCUGAGAGGAAGACAGCAGAAAAUUCUGGAUUCAAACAUUUAUUGCUUUUUUUGUUUUGGUUUGUUUUUGUUUUCUUUCUUUUUGCCUUAAGAAGAUGAACAAUGAAACCACAACCAUGAUAUCCUUGAAGGGGGCAAUGAAAAGGUUGCUGAGGGCUAUAGGGAGGGAGCAAGCAUGGGUCUGCUAUUCUGGGAAGAUGGAGUAGACCACAAACUCCAAGCGUUAGAAACACAGUUCAAAGAACUAGACUUCACCAAGGAUAACCUGAUGCAGAAAUUCGAACAUCAUAGUAAGACUUUGGCAAACCAAGCAGCCCAAGAUGAGACGUGGACGGCAGUUCGGGCACUCAAGCUCACUUCAAUGGAAUUGAAUAUUUUAUACAGCUACGUCAUUGAAGUACUUAUCCGCUUGCAUACUCGUGUGCUUGAGAAGCUGCCGGACCUGGCGAGAGGUCUUCCAACCUUAGCCUCUGUACUCAGACGAAAAGUUAAGAACAAGCGCAUUAGAGUUGUAUGGGAGUCCAUUCUGGAGGAGUGUGGGCUGCAAGAAGGAGACAUCACAGCACUUUGUACCUUCUUUAUUGCACAUGGUAACAAGGCGGAACACUAUACUGCUAAAGUGAGGCAGAUGUACAUCAGGGACGUCACGUUCCUGAUUACUAACAUGGUAAAGAACCAGGCUCUGCAGGACAGUUUGCUGAGGGCUGUGCAAGUAAUUGAGAAGGGGAAAGCAAUUAGGACCCCUGAAAAGCAAAAGUCAUCCCUCAAAGAGUUGAUACCAUCUGUCAAUAACUAACCUGUUACCCUAUGACCCAGUGAUUCCACCUCCAGUAAUUUAUCUUGGAAACGACAAAAAGUAUGCACAAUGUAUUAUAGUCUUAUUUUUAUAGCAAAGAGUGAGAGGAUGUUAAAUAAACUAUGACAAAUUGACGCAAUAGAUACUUUCUUUGUAGCCAUAUAAAAGAAUGAAGAAGCUCUUUGUGUAAUGAUAUGAAGUGAUCACCAAAUGUAUUGUUGUUUUCAAAUGUUUAUUUCCAAUAUAUAUUGCUAAGUGGAAAAAAGGUGAAAAUCAAAUAUGUAUAUAUGAAUAUAUAUAUAACACAUAUUAGUUUAUAUAUCCAUAAACUUCUUCUGCAGAGAUACACAAGAAAGUGAUAACAUUAGUUGUCAGGAAAGAAAGCUAAGAGGCUAGGGGUCAAAGAUAAGAGGAAGUCUUUUCACCGUUAAUCCAUUUUUUACAUUUUCAAUUUUGAACCAUGUGAAUGUAUUACCUAUUUAAAAAAUAAACAAGGCUGGACAUGGUGGCUCAUGCCUAUAAUCCAAGCACAUUAGGAGGCCAAGGUAGGAGGAUCACUUGAGCUCAGGGGUUUGAGACCAGCCUGGGCAACAUAGUGAUAGCAACAGGAGGCAGGUAAAUUCCUAGGCAGACAGGGAGGGGUCCCUGGUAAAACUCAACCUUCAAGCCAAGGACAGUCUAAAGCCUGAAAACCAAGCUAUGAGUUCCAGAUAAAUCCAUGAGCCAGACUGAGAGCUCUCAUUCUCGUCUGGCACCGUCUCUCCUGAUUGGUCCUUACCCUUCACCUAUUUUAUACAUACCUACCCUUCCGCGAUUGGUCCUCUACACUAUCGUGCCUUUUUCUGAAUGGUGCUUUGUCAAGCAUAGCCACAGACCAAUCAGCAUGCACUUGCCCAUUUCUAGCCCACAAAAACUCACAGACUCAGGCUCGUGGCCAGCAACUCACCUUUGGGUCCCCUCUCACUGUCAAGCGCCUUUCUGUCACUCAAUAAAUUCUACUCUGCCUUAC